CACAAAGGAGCCGCGAACAACAGAAUAAAGGAAGCUUUCGAGUGUGAUCUUAGAAAAAAAUUACAGCACAAAAAGCCGUGGCUGUCUUUCCCAAAAACGCAAACAAAAACUCAUAACCCUAAACCCGAAAACUGUUUGCGCCAUAGAUAUCAUAAGCGUGUAGUUCUUCCGGAAAAAAUCUACGAAGCCGAAAUUCAAAUUGGAGUACAAAAUACAAAAAAAUUACGAGGUAACUACAUACCUCUUGUUCGUCUGUGUACUUGAUAUUGUAGCAUUAGUAGAAACAGUCCUUGCUUUGCAAAAUAAAAAAAAAUCUAUCAUGGGCGCCGGAGACGAAACCCCCAUGGAGCAGCAACAGCUGCAGGCAGAGGAUGCUCUGAUUGAUGCGGGACAGGACGCCGAAGCGGAAAACCAGCUAUGCUCGUAUGUGAAAAUUAUGAAUUGCAAAAGUAUCGUAUGUUGCUUAGUAGUGCAAUACAAAUUAGCUCAGCAUGACACAUGAAAUUUGUCAUGCUGAUUCAUUUACUUUGAGGAGCAGGAGACUUGUCAUGCAUACUUGCGAUUACAAGGAAUACGACACUUUUGCAAAUGAUAAAGAUCGAGAGGCUGUGUGAAUCGGGCGUCAAUGUGGCGGAUAUCGCGAAGCUGAAACAGGCCUAUCCACAGUAAAUUUCCUGUACACGUACCAAUGCGGUUUCUGCAUGACAAAGCUUGCCUUCGAUCCUAGUUAGCAUGACAAGUGGCAUGCUCUAAGUUGGGAAAAUUUGUGAUGCAUUUUAUACGUGUGCGGGAAAUUUCCUGUGGAUAAGGCCGGUUUCUGCACCACUAACUCGAUUGUCUCCGUAAUGCGCGUAUGCACUGCAUCAAAGGCCGCUGUGUCGCGCUGGUUGUACAAACUGCAUGUAUCAAAAGCAAGAACUAGAUUUGUCAUUCUGAAUCUGAUUCAAGUAAGGAUAAGAAUAAGAAAGUAGAUUUCAUCAUUGUAAAAAUCCCAUACGUCAACAAGAACUGGUACGCGAACACGAUACAGCAGCUUUUGCAGAGGAUAGCACAAGGACUUGGUUGCGGUCAAGGGAUUAGGCGAGGCGAAAGUGGACAAAAUCAUCGAAGCGGCCUACAAAACGAUGGUAUAAUACGUACGAAUGAUGAAUGAUCGUUUUACUUUUUAGGAAUGCAAAUUCAUGCCGUUUUCGGAUGACAGAGCCAGAAGUUGAAGUUCCACGCAUGAUAUUCGCAUGAUGAUGCUGUUUUGCAUCAGAGAUUGUUACGCUUCAACAUCAACAUCAAUAUCGUGUCGAUACCGCAAUGAAUCAUGAAUAUGAAAAAACAUUGUACAUAUCAGGGUUCUCUCGUCCUCGCGCAGCAGGCCGGGCAGGGCGGCGGCAAUAACGGUCCAGUGUCGCACUUUUUCCAAACGGCCGAGGAAGCGUUAGCGAAGCACCAAUCCACGCGGUUCUUCAUCUCCACCGGCGCCAGCUCCCUGGACGAGGUGUUGCGGGGCGGCAUCGAGUCGGGACAGAUCACGGAACUGUACGGUGAAUUUCGCUGCGGAAAGAUAUCAAAUGCAAAUUGUAUGUCUGGGUCUGGAAAAGUGUGAGUGUGAUGCUCAACUUCUAUGGAUCAUGAUGAAAACGCUUCGAAAGCAGCCGAGCAUGACAAGUCUGCAUAACGAUAACCGUUUGUCUUCAUACGCAGUGUACAUGAACAGAAUCUGCCUUCUUGUAUGACAAGCAUGACUGCGAGGACUUUAUUUGUUGGUCAUAUUACAAUUCAAUGCAGAUUUUCAAGGAUGGGAAUGUAAGGCCAGCACUAGUACAAGUUGUUAACUUUCCAGCCCCACACGUAUUUGCACUGGAUAAAAGACGCAACUGUGCCACACCUUGGCGGUCCAGGGGCAGCUGCACGAACAGUUUCCUAUCCCACAGAAAAAAGCCGGCCGGCCAUGUUUGUAAUGCAAAAAUAAAUACACAAAAAAAUCUUGCAUAUCCUUAAUAGCAUGCUACGGGGCCGCCCAUGACAGGUUUUUCUGUGUAUUCAUUUUUGCAUUACAAAUGUGACCUGCCUGCUUUUAUUUUUCUCUGGGAUAUUUCCGGGCCGUUGCCUGUACAUCGACACCGAAGGAACCUUAUGCAUCGCAAAUAAAGCAUCGUACUCGUUGUAUAAAUGCAUUACAAAUUUCCUCAGCAUGAAAAACGAAACUUCUAAUGCGGACUCCCCUUAACGCCUAGAUUUGUAAUGCAUAGCUGCAAUUAGUACGAGUACGAUACUUUUGCACAGGAUAAACCUUUCGCCCCGACCGAAUCCAGGAGAUUUGCCAGGCACUCACCGUUAUGCAUUGCAAAAGUCUCGUGGUACUCGUACUAUUUGUGGUAUACGCAGAAACAAAUCUUCUUCUUGAGGUAAAACAGCAUGACAAAUUCCAUUGGUCAUGCUGAGCGAAUUUCUAUUGCAAUAAUCACUUGGUACGGUACUUUUGCAAUGCAUAACCGUAGACAGCGACGAGAUUAUGGCGAACAUUAUUACCGGUACAACUAGUCAUUCCACAACUGCUAGUGUAUGUAAUGGCGCAAACGCAUGACAAAUCUAGUUUUUAUAGGUAAAGCAGCACUACAAAUUUGAAUUUCUCCUUCAUGAAUUUGUAAUGCAAUUUUGUGCAUCGAAUUGGACUUGGCAAAAAAUAUCAACCACAGCCCGCGCCAUGACGUCCGAGCACCUGAACCAGCUGCUGAAAGAGGCCUGCUCCAUAUGAUUGUGCACAACCCCUCCUUCCCCCCCAUUUGCAAUGCGAAUUCCGUGUUUGCACAAUUACAGAUACCAGUCUACAAUAAAACAGCUGCACUACAUUCGGGGCGUCGUGAACUUGUCAUGCACAGGCUCCCGAUGUGUUGGUGUUUCUGAUGCUGUUCGUGGACCAUGAAAAUAAGCUGGAGGGGCAGUUGUGCACUCUGAUAUUUCAUGAUGGUGGACGAGUCUUCCGGCCAGUUUGCGAUCGUGAUCAUUGACUCCAUAUCAAAUGCAAAAAUGUCUGGGUCUGGAAGAAUUGGAACUUGUGAUGCAAACUCUGGCACACGCAAAAACUUGUGUUGCGUGAGCGCCAAAAGCUGCCCACUUCUUGGUCCGCAAGUAGGAAGUUUCUCAUGCGGGACAGGCAUCAUGAGGCGUGCUCAAAACCUGUGAUGCUUUUGCCUGCAUCAGACGCCAUUUGCGUGAUCCGAAAUAUGCAUGACAAAUCUCGUAAUCUUCCAGACCCAGACAUUUUUACAUUUGAUACUCCAUCAUGGGCCUGAUGCGGCAGGACUUCACGGGUCGCGGGGAGUUGUCGGAACGGCAGCAGUAUCCAUUGCAAAAGUAUCUUCGUACUACUACAAACUGCAUGACAAAUCUUACCAGAAGGUGGACAAAUGACAUCUUGUAAUGCUGAAUUAGCUAAGAAACAGAAACAGUAAACCAGAUCUGUGUCUGUCAUGCUGUACUCCAAUGCGUACGAGUGCGACAAUUUUUGCAGUGGAUAAGCAGCUGCUGGGUAAAACGCUGAACAAACUGUCCAAGAUUGCCCACGAGUUUAACGUCGCAGUUAUCCUAUGUAAAAACGCCCCCUUUUGGCUGGUGCGCAUGACAGAUUUGGCCUCGUAAAAAUGUAGUCGCGUCUAGCUAGUACUGCAGCAGCAUCACAGAUCCAGUUUGUCAUGCUGAUUUGAGCAUCACAAAUCUCAAAACUUCACUAGAAAAAGCCUCUCAUGCGUCUCCGCAUGAGAAACAUUUUAAGCAUGCAGAUUUGCAUGACAGCGCUGAGGUGGGGAUGAUUUUACACAGGAUAGCAGUGGUGCUGACCAACCAGGUGAUGGCGGAUCCGGGCGGCUAUCAACUGCAAGGAUGUCUGGGUCUGGAAGGAUGCAAGGUUGUCAAUGUCAUGCUUGUCUGGCAUGACAGAAAAACUUGUGAUGCGCGUCCAACAAGAGACGACCCUUCUACUUGUCAUGCGAAAACGCAGCUUGUCAUGCGGAAAGCGCAGCACUAUCAUAGUGUUCUAUCCGAGCACGUACUAUUUCUCAUGCUCUGCUGUGCAUGACAGGUGGAUAUUGUCUGUUCACAACCCAGCAUUACAAGUUUCCAGACCUCCCA